AUGGCCGAAGAGAAGGGCCCCGGCAUGUUGGCCGUGGAAUCGAGCAUUCUGAGAACAAAAGAUCUGGAGCUGUUUGAGAGCGGGUUUCUGGCCGACGUGGAGGUCAAAUGUGGUGGCCAAACGUGGAAGUUGCACAAGACCAUUCUCUGCACCAGGAGCGUAUGGUUCAAUAAGGCGCUGACGGGCGUAUUCAAGGAGUCAGAGACCGGAGUCGUCGCACUGCAAGAGCAGGAGCGGUGUGACAUUGACUGUUUCCUCAAAUUCAUCUACACUGGAUCCAUCGACCUUCAGAAGUCAUAUCCCGGGGACGAUGCGUUGGUGGCCCUGCUGCGGGUCUGGAAGACCGCCGACUACCUUGUCCAUGCCCCCCUCCGUGACCUCGCUGUUCGCGGGACCAGCAGUCACGCCCGGGAGCAUGCUCAAUCCCUCUGUACCGCUUUUCCAGGGGAAAACCACGUGGAAGACACGGAGAAAAUCAUCGAGAGCUCGCUCAACCCGGCUAUCAGUCUUCUCUACAGCGAAGAGAUGGGAUCACUCAAGAAAACUUUUCUGCCGAUAUACAUGUCAAUGGCCAUCGCCAGCGUGCAUGGCCUCUCAAACAGCAAGGCUUUCGGUUCAUUGCUUCGGGACUGUCCUGAAUUCGCCGCGGACUGGGCCACUGAAUUGAUGAGAGGAUUCCGCCAAUUGAAGCCCGUGAGUCCGGGGAGGGCAGCUGGCCGCUGCAAUCAAUGUGGGGAAAUGAUGGGCGGCAAAGGUACUGUGGACACUUUGAAAUGGGUCCGGGAUGAGUAUCUGAUGGUCGUGUGUGACCAAUGCUACAAAGUGCCGGCUUUGGAAGAGUGGCAGUCCAAGAGAAAAUGA